AUGGCCACCGUUAAGGAAAAUCUCAUGAACCAAGUUGCCGAAGUCCUUGCCUCCGGUGGCAACAAGGUAACCAUUGUUGGUAUCGGUCAAGUCGGUAUGGCUUGCGCUUUCAGUAUUUUGGCCCAAAAUAUCUCCAGUGAAAUUUGCCUCAUGGACGUCUGCAAAGAUAAGUUGAUGGGUGAAAUGAUGGAUUUGCAACACGGUUCCAACUUCUUGAAGAAUCCCAAAAUUACUGCCAGUACCGAUUAUGCUGAUUCGGCCAACUCCAGAUUGUGCAUUGUCACCGCUGGCGUUAGACAAAAGGAGGGCGAAUCUCGUUUGUCGUUGGUACAACGUAACACUGACAUCUUGAAGCACAUCAUUCCUAAAUUGGUUGAAAACAGUCCCGAUACCAUUUUGUUGAUGGUCUCCAAUCCUGUUGAUAUCAUGACCUAUGUUGCCUGGAAAUUGUCUGGUUUGCCCAAGAACCGUGUUAUUGGCAGUGGUACCAAUUUGGAUUCUUCUCGUUUCCGUUUCUUGAUGUCUCAACGUUUGGGUGUUGCCCCCACCUCUUGCCACGGCUGGAUUAUUGGUGAACACGGUGACAGUUCUGUACCAGUAUGGUCUGGUGUUAACAUUGCUGGUGUUCGUUUGCGUGAAUUGAACCCCAACAUUGGCUCCAGCGAAGAUCCUGAGAAAUGGAAUGAGGUACACAAGCAAGUUGUAGACUCGGCCUAUGAAGUCAUUAAGCUAAAGGGUUACACUUCCUGGGCUAUUGGUCUCAGUACUGCUGCUUUGACCUCGGCUAUCUUGAGAAAUACUAGCGCCAUUGUUGCUGUAUCCACCUCAGUUAUGGGUGAACAUGGCAUCGACAAGGAUGUCUUCCUUUCUCUACCCUGUGCUUUGAAUGCCAACGGUGUUACCCAUGUUGUCAAGCUUUUGACCCAAACUGAAAUUGAUCAAUUGCAAAAAUCCGCCAAUAUUAUGGCUGAAGUACAAGCUGGUCUUAAAUUCUAAGUUAAUCACAAAACCCUCCUAGUAAAUUAGAAAAAA